AUGCUCGUGGCCUUGUCGCUUUUCGUUUCCAGUGUUGCUGUCACGGACUUGAUUCCAUUAUUGUACGGACUUGGAGCAGCAAUAGGGGGACCUUUCGGUGGUUACAUUAACGACAACUUCGGUUGGCGGGUCGCAUUCUACAUGCAGGUUCGUCCGUCUAUCCUUCGUCCCACGCGACCGCCAUGUGAACCCGAACUCCAGGCACCGUUCUUCGUCUUUGCGAUAGCUAUUGUCGCGAUAAAGGUCAACAUCCCUCUGUCUGAGGAACUACAAAACCAGCCAUUAGCUACCAAGAACGCCGCUAGCAGUUUCUAUCUGCAAUUUCCUUGCGAGUAUGUCGGCAUUUUCUAUGCUGGCAGUACUUCACCGCCGUUCGACUGGAGAACGCUGCAGUGUCCGAUAGCUAUCCCGUCCGGUAGUCUGUUCGCUGGCUGCGCCAUCGUUGCCAGCUUCCUUGCAAGUCAAUGGAGCGAGAACACCCCUUCGUGGCAUUUCUGGGUAGAUCUAAUACCGUCCGGCUGUGGAAUGGCCAGCUUGAUCACGAGCACUCUGAUCGCAGCGGAUAGAAGGGCCUGGAGCACGAGAGCAGAUAAUCCAGUCAAUUCGCGGACCCAAGCUUCCACCAUCAUCAACGGCACCACAAACACAAGAUCGCGAACCAGAAACAGGUUUUCAGAAUAG